UGCCAUUAUUUAUUUAUAUUUUGUGCGUUGUUGAUGUCAAAUCCAAUCGGAGUGCAGUCGCCAGCGAAAGGCUACAACAGAGCAAAAACUACAGAUUUUAAGCAGCCGAGCCGCGACUGAGUGUUAGUGUGAUUGUUUUUUUUAUUGUUUUAGUGUUUAUUGUGCUCGCAGGGCAGACAGAAAAACCAUAGCGCUGUGCGAACGGAAUUGGUCCAAUUGGAGUUGCCCGAAAUCGCAGUACGGAUUCCAGUAUUCCGGGGCACUUCCCCCCGUCGAAAGCCCCGCUCAGCCCCCUCGCAAACCCAGUAUAACCAACAACUACCAGCCGAAUUAGGGGUUGCAAAAUUUCUGCAGCCAGCCCGGAAAAGUCGGAGGAAAACCGUUUGUGUCUGUGUGUGUGUGUGGAAAAUAAGGGAAGCGCGCUAAUACAAAACACUGCUCACCAAAGUCCAAUCGGAAUCGGAGGGCCACCGAAUCCUUGAGAGAAUCCUUUUCGCGUGCCAUGCGUGACCUCGGCACCAAAAUGGCCGAGCUUAAAUUCGAGGCUCCGUUGGCGAAGUUCGAGGAGACGGACGAGUGGGGCGGUUGUGACUUCAUCUCGAAUCAGAACGCCCUCAACGACACGCUCAACCUGAAUCUCAAGGAUUCCCCCUCCACCGGCGGCAAGCCGGACUCAGCCAAGCUGCGGCUCCUGGAGGAUGCGGUUCGCGAUGCGCACGUGAGCAAGAACGGUGGCGGAGGAGGAGGAGGAGGAGGCGGCGGAACCGGAGGAGCUGGCUCCAUCAGCCCCAACUGCAACACGCUGCAGGGCGGCGGAUCAGUCAUAGAUCUCGGCCUGUCCGAUGUGGGACUGGUGCCUGGCGAGGGCGCCGGAUCGGGACUGGAUGGCCUGGAGAAGCGCUCCUUGGCCGCCGGCGACCAUGUGGACAACUUCACGGAGACUUUCGGAGGGAGUCUGGAGGACCUGGUGAACACCUUCGACGAGAAGAUAACCAAGUGCUUCGGUAACUACGAGGAGAACGUCGAGGAGCUGGCUCCGGUGCAGGUGCGCAGCCAGGAGGAGAUCAUGAACGAAUGCCAAAUGUGGUGGACCAUCACAGGCAACUUCGGCAACAUUCUGCCCAUCGACUGGUCCAAGUCGUACACCCGUCAGAUGCACAUGCCCACUCUGAACCUGGGCCAGAGCCAGAGCCACACGAAGCAGCAGCAGCAGGCGCGCAACCAGCAGCAGCAGCUGCACCACCAGAGCCACCAGGCGUAUCCACAGAGUAAUGGGUCCGGAUCGGGACUGGAUGCCCAGACGCCGGGCGACGAGUUCAACGACCUGACCAGCGAGGACGAGGCGGUGGCCAACGACCUGGACAUGCACGCCCUGAUCCUCAACGGGCUGAACGGCGACCUGGACGACCAGCCGAUCAAGACGGUGGAGGAGGUGAUCAAGGAGAUCGACGACAUCAUGGACGAGGCCGAGAGCCCGCUGGACGAGCCGGAGACCUGCGACUCGGAGGUCAUCGAGAAGGCGCGUGAGGUCCUGGGAGCGCCCCUUUAUGCGGAAAAACUGCAAUAUCUGACCACGACACAGCUGAACGAGCUGUACAUGGAGAUGGAGGUGCUCAUCCAGGAGCUGAGCGAGACGCUCAUCAACGAGCUGGCCCUGCGCGAUGAGCUGGAGUUCGAGAAGGAGCUGAAGAACUCCUUCAUCUCGCUGCUCCUGGCCGUGCAGAACAAGCGGCGACAGUACCAUGUGGAGAAGAAGCGCGGCAAGUUCCAGGGUCCCGAACCCAAGUACUUGACCACCGUCAUUCCGUAUCACCUGGAGAACGGCACGCCCAACAAUCAGUCCCUGCAGGUCCUGAUCAAGAUUCUCAAGGCCAUCAACGAGGACAGCCCCACGGUGCCGGCCCUCCUCACGGACUACAUCCUGAAGGUGCUCUGCCCAACAUAAGCGCCCUGGGACUUGGACCCCCAGCUAUCGCUCUAUCUCUCUGUCUGUGUUUAUACAAUUAUACCGUGCAUCUAUAUACAACUUGCAUAUACACACACAAACACCACACAUAAUUUAAUGAUUAGUUUGUACUUUAAAUUAUUGUUUAAAUGCAAUCUGUGUACUCAGGCGAAACAAUUGUUUGCAUUGAGCAGGAGAAGAUUUCCACAUGAUCGGGAGAGUGCCAGGAAUGUCUGGGGAAUUGGGAUCGAAUCUUUGGGUGACUAAAAGAUCCACUCUUAGUCACCGAAAAUUGAGUUCUCCAAUCCCUUCCUUGAACGAUCCCCGAUAGAACAAAAAUAUGCAACAAAAUAUACAUGUAAUUCAUAUAUAGACACAUAUAUAUAUCUAACAAAAUAUUUACGGAGAGUGCUACAAGAAAUAAGCCAGUCCUCCCAUGGCAAUAAUACUCACUCCUCCUUCUCCCAAAAAGGUCGAAGAAGUUAUUUAUACUAAAGAGCAUUCGUAUUGUUAUAGAGCAGACUCCAACUAAGCUUAAAAUUGAUAUGAUAAAUGCAUCUGAAGCCAGUUGCAGUGCCCCUGUAACCGGAAAAGCUUGAUAUACUUCAUCUAUAUGUGUAAUAUCCAGAUCGGAAACCAUUCGCUGCUUGCACUAUGUUCGCCCAGCUUUCUGCAAUCGAACGAUCGGGCUAUCUGAGUGUUCGGCUGCCAAUCCCUAGUUUGUACAAUAAGUAACUUGUAUGUAAUAUAUUGUGUAACUUGAUUGUAAGAGGCGCAAGGCCUGUAUGUCCCUGGAAAAUCCGCCGUUUCCAACUGUGUUCCGAGUGCAAUUUGAGACGGGCAUUAGAAUCAGAAUCAGAGUCAGUUGAAGAAAUUGAUUUCGCUUCGCUUUAAGUUUUACUAUACCUAAUUUACUCAUUUUUAUUGUUUUCGAGGCCAUACAACGCGUUCUGUUUUGUUCAAAACAAUUGUUUAAUGUAAAUGAAGGAAACACAAAUUUAAUUUUAAUUUGCAUAAAAAACGCUGUGUUAUUUACUUUUACCAAACAAGCAUAUAUACAAUUAAUAAUAACUAAAGAAAAAAUAAAAGAAAAAAAUAGCUAAAAAUCAGUCAGGCGCACAGUGCUCUUCUUUUUAUUAUGACUACCAAUAAAACGAUCUAAUUCUUUACAUUUUAAGCUACCAGUCACACUAACAAAGCAAACGUAAAACGAUAAACGAUAAAAGAAUAAGGAGGAUUAAAAGUAUAGCAUAUAUAAAGUUGCAUCGAGUCAAGUCCAAAAGAACCACUCUUACAUACAUAUAUCAUGUUUCACAUCUCACACGUCAAAAGUUAGAGGAAAAAGGAAAAUGGAAAAUGGAGCUGAGAGCGGAAGGAAGUCGAAAAUUGCAGCCCAUUCGAUCAGCUCUUCGAAAGGAAGAUAAUUGAAUCACAUCUAAUGCAAAUCUUAGGUACCUUUGUUAGAAAACGAUAUGCAAGACAUACCCAAAAAUGGAAAACCUAUAUGAAAGACAAAAAACACACUCUCACGAGAAACGCAUAAAUGUUUACGACUCCAUAUACAAAUUAUAAAUGUAUAUCAAAUAUGGUCGCGCUUUAUAAAUCAAAUGAAAACGUAUUUACUAAAACGCAAAAAUUUAACUGAAAUAUGACUUUUUUAGGUCUCUGCAAAGUAAAGCAAACAAAAAACAAAAACAAAGGCUAUAUAAAUCAUAUAAUAUGAUACAAAAUUAAGAAAGAAUCCCUUAAUUGUACGUGUAUUUGUAAAUUAUUUAAAGAGUCCAUGUUAAAGUCGAACGAAAAACCAAGAAAUGACAGCCUAGAAUGGAAAUUAUAUUUAUUUGAUAAAUUAGUAAAAAGAGAACACAAAAUACAUAGUUCUAUGUACAAUGGACAAACCGAAAAACUUUUAAAUUGCUUGAAUAAAAAGAAGAAAAACUAUA